AUGGGAGGCGGCCAGUCCUCAGAGCUGUCCUAUUUCUUCAACAAACUCAUCGCCCACGUUCUAAGAUGGUCCAUUGGUGACCGAAAUCUGCACACACCUGGGAAUACCCGCCUUGCAUGCGCUUCGACUGACCUGUCGGUCGCUCUUCAUUACAACGGCCGAUACCUGCCGACUCGCACUUUCCGCAGCAUUUGCGUCCUGCUCACCACCGACGGGCUCCAUCGACUGUCAGAGCUUUCCAUGCAGGAGGGCAUCUGCGAACAUGUGGAGAGUCUUACGGUUGUCCCGGAGCUGUUUAAUGGUGAAUAUAACGCCCCCUACUCGACUCUUUCGCGGUGGGAUUGUAUCCAAGGGGCUUGGGGGACAUCCCAGCAGGAGCAGGACUCUGAACAAGUCGAUGGCAAGGCAUACUAUGCCGUCUACAAGGCUGCCAUGGCGGACCAUCAACACGCGCUGACCUCGGCGACUUCCAUCAUCCUUCUCCAAGACUGUCUGAGGCGGUUUGUCAACUUGUCAUCGGUCGGGUUACAAGAUUGCCCUACCGCAGGGACAGGGGACACCUGUCUAGGCUGGCGCAGACUCAGAGCUCAGCUGGGUUUCUACCCCGACUUCGAGAGGGAGCGCUUCCCGCACAAACAGAUCGCCAGAGAGCAUGAUCUGGCUUUCUCUCUCCUUGCAGAGGCUCUGAUUGCCAGUGGUCGAAAGGUGAAGAGGCUGUCGACCUGUGGCUCACAUAGCUACGGUGUGGGACUUGGCAGGAUGCAACUGACCCCCGAAGCAUGGGCAUCUUUUCUUUCCUGCCUCAAGGGAUUGUCGCACUUACACUUCUGUCAUGAGAGCUCGGCCAUUUCUUCUCACCCAGAGCGUCUGUGUGAGUUGUUGGCGGCGGUUGCCCCAAGUCUCGAAACACUACGCUACCAAAUCGGGCCCUACACUUCGUCAAUCUACCGGGAACCUUUCCGUGUUCGUGAGCUUUUUCAAGGGAUACCGUUUCAGCGCCUGCAAACUGUGCGCCUGCGGCUAAUAGAACUUCCGAUGGACACUCUAGAACAAUUCCUUCGUGCAGUGUCACCCACUUUGCAGAUCCUAACUGUGAGAGCGAUCAGCCUGGCUGAGCCUGAUGAUCCGUCCGAUCCUCUCCCCCAAGACAUGGAGGAGCAGACCAAGCACCAUUGGUGGCGUCUUUUGGAGUUCAUCCGCGAUGAGCUUAACCUGCAAUUCUUUGUAUUACGGAAGCCACCACCAUGUAUAACUAUACCUUGCUCCGUCACUAUAUUCUGCUAA